CGUCUAACCAGCGUCGCGCUAAUUGCGGGAGAGUUUGAAACGGUAGCAGCUGCAGCGAGAGAGCAACAAUCAGAGGGGAACGUUGUUGGAUUAUUUUCCAAGAAACCAUGCUAGAACCAGACUACCUGUCUGUCUGUAUGGCGCAAUUCUAAUUAGCUGUGAUCCGGCUUAGCGCGGCGCGGCGAUUUCAAAACACCACCGACAUAACGCACGAAUUUCGUCUGAAAGUUGCCUAACAUUUUUGUGUCUCGUAUUUUUGUGUUUACGUGGAGAAUCUUUGGCACACAGCUCGCAUUCUCUCGCUGAGCUAUGAGCGCUGCCAUGUUCACUCCACCCGCUGCCCCCGACAAACAAUCCACCCCACUCACCCCCAAACCGGCCACCCGCAUUCCAGUCCCUUUGAGCCCCACUCUCCCCCAGAGACGUCCGUCGCUACGGCGCGCGCCCAGUGGCGUCGAUCGAUCCCCAAACGGAGGGGCCAACAGCAAAGGGGUUGCUUCAACCCCUACAUUGCGGCGAGGCAACUCCUGGUCCAUGGAGGGCUCCGCGCCCCCGACGAUAUCAGGCAGGCCCCCGCGCAGGCCAGAUUCUGUACGAUUGGAGGGGAGCAGAUACCAACAGAAGGGGCAAGUUGGGAGUGCUGUGUCGCCUAACAGGGUUAGAAGUCUGUCUUUGUCAUUAUCAAACACAAGACUUCAAUCAGGCCCAAAUACACCGUCAUCUGUGGCAACCAAUUCACCCAGCAAUCCAACGUCUGCUUCUGACAGAAAUUUCUCGGUGCUGGAUCGCUGGGAAACUGACAGUAUUAACAGCAUAGGCAGCAGCGUGGCUUCCUGCGAUCACGAAAGCUUUGCCCGAAAUGGCACCACUUUCUCUGGAAGAAGCAUGAAGUUUGUGUUCCACUGUAACCAACAUUCUGGCGCUACCGGCGAAGAUUACCUAACACCAACGCAACGGGCGCAACGCCAAGUGAAAAAACUCAAGUACCUGUUACACCAAGCAAAGAAGGAUCUGGAAGAGAAAGAUAGCGAUAUCUUGAAGCUGACAAAAGAAGUGGUUGAGUUGAGGCUGUAUAAAGCAGCUCUUAGCUCACCCGAGGACAAAUCAAAUUCGAGUGAUGCGGUGACAGUAAGAGAAAAUACCAGUCAGGAGGUAACUCCUGAAGACUUGGUGGAUAAAGGUAUGAAUAUGAUGAGUACCUCCUGUGAUUAUAAUCACUCCUGUGCUGAUUCCGGCCAUUUUGAAGACUGCACUACCUCGUCAGUACACUCCAAGGACUCGAUGUUGUUCGAUGAUCAUAGAUCGCCAAUAAGAUCCAGGAUAGCGGACAAGUCUACUGCGACAAGCUUUGAAGCGACUGAGAUCGAAGCAGAACGCUCGAAACUCAUCAUGGAGUACGAAAAACGUCUGCAAGAGCUUGUGAGGACUCACGAGGAAGAAUCAUAUCAGUUGAAGCAGAAGCAUAACGAUAAAGUAGAGGAAUUGUUACAACGAAUCACUGAAAUUAACACUAGGUACUGGGAAUUAGUUCCUGAAAUAGAAGCUGCCAGGGAAAGGAUUAAAGAACUAGAACAACAACUAGAAGAAGCUAGUCAAAAAUUAGAAGAUCAAGAGCGGAAAGCUCAAGAGACUUAUUUAAAAAUGUACGCUCAAGGCCAAGAAGCUGCCAAGAUAGAACAAGAAAGUGCAAUUGUGGAGUUGGCUCACCAACAUCCAAGCCGAGUAUCAGUUCCAGAGCUACUGCAAGAACUACAGGUUACAAAGAAUGAAUUAGAAAAUAUUAAAGAUGUAGAAUAUGCAUCAACGUCAAAUAACUCGCAACCAUUACUCAGUGCCAAAGAGGCGCUAUCACUUUGGGUUCUCGGUGCCAGAAAGGCAAUGUAUCGACAACUGAUGGAAGCUAAAAACAAGAAUAAAAUCGAUCCCGAAGUGACGCUGCAGUUCCUCAAAUCGGCUGUCUACUACUUUUUGACAGAUAAAGAAAAUAGUCAGGGACAUUUGAGGGCGAUUCAAAGCAUACUAGGAUUUUCACAAAGCGAGAUUUCAAAUAUUGACAAAGCUAGGCUUGGCUAGUUUGUUUUUUCGCUGAGGGUAACAGUUGAGUCCUAAGGUCAGAACCUAUCAUAUGGAGCUGUGAAGACAUAGUGACAGUACUGAAUAAAAUCUUGCUCAAUGUGACCAUACAAACAAUUAUUUCCAUAGAGGCCUGACAAGAGAAAAAGUAAUAUCUGAAGCAUUGAAUUUUCGAAACGUUAAAAUAAGGUUAUGGGCCCAGGUAGCUUUAUACCACAAUUUGAUGGUUACACUGAGUAAGACUAAAUUUUUUGUACUGCCUUUUUAACAUAUAGCAUACUUACUUUGGUUUGUAUUUUUCGCGAUAUUUAAAUAGUGCCUGUAAGAUCCAAUCAUACAGUAUCAAUGGUAAUAGAAUUAUUAUGUAUAUCGCCAUUUCAAUGGGCUAGAAUUUGCGAAGUAUUAUUGAUACCAAAAAUAAUGUUAAACCUGAAGUAGGUAGAGGGACACGUCAAAGUAACUGUGAUAAAAGAAAGUGAUUAUUGUCAGCAAUAUAUAUUUUCGAUCCUUAUUUUUCCUAACAAAAAAAGUGAAAAUUCGCACUAGACUCAUUUUUGAAAAUUUAUUAUAUACAAGGUUUACACGUGAUCAAAAUCCGUCUUUUAAAAUUUGAGAUAAAUGUUCAAAGGUUGUAUAUACUGCCCUCUACUUUAUUUCAGAAAAAAUGAGAAUACUUGUUCUAAAGAUUUUAUAUUUACAUAGAAGGCUACUAUUGCAUAUAGUUAGGUAGACAUUUCAAUAACAUAUAUAUUUUUGAGGGUAAUAUAAUUUAGUGAGGCAGCUUGAAGCACUUCAUUAUAUACUGGAAAAACUAUGAUCCUUAAAUUCACAAAUAUGUUUGGUUAAGUAUUUUUAUAAACACAUUUUACUUUAUAGUGUUGUACCUGUAUGUAAACAAAAACGAUUUUUGUUUAUGUUUUACCAUUUAGCUGUACUAUUUUUGAGAUUAUAUGUAUGAAUAAAUACGAAAAAC